UCGUAAAUAAGAUGGGAUAGUCACAGCUGGAAAGCCUUUGAUAGUAGUUCUGCUUCCUUGGGUUGACAGAAGAUUAAACAAAUAUACAUCGAGAGCUAACGAGGGAGUCUCUACGUGGUCGUUGGACAUAUUAGAAAUAGCAGCUAAAUUUCACUCAAAUAACAUCCUACUACUAUUUUAGAAAAAAGUCAGUAUAAAAUGAUUUUGGAUUCCCUACGCACGGGGGAAAAUGAUAGGAUGGUCAUGGCUGGAACAACUUUGAUCAAAGGCUUACUCGAUCAUAGCUGACCUGGGGUUAAACAACCUCCUGUGCAGCAGUGUCAGGCAGAAAAGAAGCAUUUAAAAUAGAUGACAGACUGGUGUAGUUCACAGUUGACAAAUUACUCUGGCCUAGAUACAUUAAUGCCGUUAUUUGAGCAAUUAAUUUUCCCUGCAGCACACAAGGCAGCGACGGGAAACGACAUUUUUCUGAUAGGUUUGUCUUUCAAAAAAACGUCUAUAAAAAUAAUUCUAGCAGGGAAUUUGGUGGAAAGUGAGGAUGUUUGUUUAGAGGGAAACCUCCCAGAUCUGGAACCGUUCUAAUUUUGGUUAAAAAUCCCGGAAGUCGGUGCUUGGAAAGGGAGAAAUCAUUUCUGGUGAAAUGUAAACGUCACUUGCUGCCUUCGUCGUCACCAUCUCCUCCAGCAUCCAUCCUUGUUGUUCUUCUUUUUUAGAAGUGCUCCCUUUUCUUUUAUACGCUUUAACCCCUUUUUUCUCUCCUCCCUCAUCGACGUUGCUGUCGGUGCAGUUGUAUAAUUCAAAGGGGUUUUUCUUUUUGCUGCAACCUACAUCUAUUAUUUCAGGUCCUCACAUUUAGUCUUCUGUCUUGCAAGACAGACAUUAGUUCCAGUUUAUAUUUGACUUCGGCGGAAUCGGUAAUUUCUGACGCAGCCUUCAAUAAGACGACCGUUUCCGUCCAACCCAAUGCUUCACCUCACCAUUGACGGCAUCAACGAUAUCGGUCGGCCCUUGGUGGGAUAUUAAAGGGCGAAGCGGCUGCUAGAGUUUUCCGAGGAGAACAGCAAACCAGCCUUGUUAAUUACUGUCGCCUCACCAUUCUACAUUGAAUGAGAUGGUUUGUUCUCUGUAAACAAGACCUCAUCUCUCAGAUGACACAAACAUCGCUUCUUCACUGAAUUCUAUUUCUCUACAAGUUACUUGCACCAUUUCUGCUAACCGUUGAAGAGAAUACCAUUAUGUCUCUGGAACUGCAACAGAAUGUUGAAGAGAUCAUAGACUUUGCAAAGCAACAGCAGACAGAACUGCAUGGACUGUUAGUUGCUCUGCAAGAAGCCAAAGAUCAGAUUACUUCCAGUGGAGCAAAAUCUCGCAAUCAACUUAAUAAACAUUUUGAAAGUUUAAAAACGGAAUUGAAUGCUGCACUGGACAAUAGAUUGUCAGAAUUGUUGUGUCAGGUGGACAAAAUUGAACAGACAUCUCUUCCUCCUCUUGAUGAAUGUAAAGAUCUCAUUAACCAAGGAAUCUCCAAAGUCAACCGUAUUAUUGAAGAAGGAAAGUUAAUUUUAGACAGCAGUUCUGUGGAUGGUGAAAAAGUGUCCACUUUUCGUAAAAAUUCUGAUUCUUUGAAUCUCAACAGUGUUCCAGCUAUUCCAAGUUUAUCUGAAGUUGCUUGUAUAUCUGUCGACACUGCUGGUUCUAACAAAGAUAAAUUACUUGAGUAUGCAUCAAAAGAAAUGAAAGUAAUUUCCAAAGCUCCCGUACAGAUUGCAGAUGUUGUGGAACGACCUGGAGCUCUUUUAGUCAAAUGGAGCGAGACUGAAGAAGAUUUUGAUGCUACGGAAUUUUGUCUGCAGUAUGCGUCUGGUGUGAUCAAGUCAAAUGAGGAUACGUGUGUCCCAUUCCAUAAUGCCUAUUUGGGUGGCAAUUCGCUAUGUUUAGUGAAACACUUACAAACGAACCACCCUUAUUCUUUUCGAACACGAUGCCGCGCGGAUCCCGACACAGCCUGGAGUGUGUGGAGUGUGCCAACUGUAGCUUGCACAACUUUGCCUCACUACGAGUGGAAUGCUGACAAUCCUGCUUAUAUGACGAGUAAUGAAAACCAGACGGCCACAAAAUGUUGUGAUGGAGAAUCUGUAGUGCUUUAUUCUUGUGGAUGCUUGUAUACUGCUUGUCAAUCGAUUACGUUCCGAGUGUUGGCGGCUGGGGAUUCCUGUCCUGGUGAUGGAGUUGGUUUGUCUAUCAAUAAAUCGUUUUGUAAUACGUUAAGAAGACCUGGUGCUGCUUAUGUUACAGUGGAUGGUGAGGUGUACGUAGAUGGACAAGAGAUGAAAAAUAAGCUUCCUUAUUGGGGUAAGAGUUCCUCAGUGACCUUUGACACUGAGGUCCUGUCUAAUGGGAAAGUCCGUGUAACCAUUCAAGUGGAAGAGAAAGAAGUCACUUUCGACUGGAAUGUUCCUCUCACUGAACCCUACCUACAGACCCUCAAUGAACUGGACGAGGACUAUUCUCGACCCAGAGACAAAUUUUAUUUUGCCAUGGAUUUUGCAAAUAGAGAUUGGAUGGUUUGUGUAGAAUAACCUCUGCACCACAGUUCUGUGGCUAGCUUUGCAGUGUCUCUUUGCACUUAUUAUCAGACACACACACACACACACACACACACACACACACACACACACACACACACACACACACACACACACACACACACACACACACACACACACCACAAUAAUAUUUAGAAGCAGGACAUGGCAAUAGGAUAAGUGAAAAUUUAAGGUAAGCUUUCAGACCUGUGCACUUUAAGUAAACCUCUUUAGCUACAAUAUGACACUGAGUUUGCCCCUACAACUUAACGCCAUGCAGUAUUGCUCCCACAACAGAAAUUACUGCACGACACAAUACUCACCUUUAGCUCUUCAAAGACAAAUGUCUUGCAUUAUUCCAGACUCUUCUUCAUAGACUAAUUGACCAGUUUUUUCCAUUCUACUUUGUCAUCCAGGAAUCUAUUAUACGAGAAGUAGUCUUACAUACAUAUAAGUACAUGCAUAUAUAUAUACACACACACACAUUAUAUAUAUAUGUAUAUAUAUAUAAAUACACACAUUGCUGGAUUUCAUUUCUUGUGCAAUUUCUAGUUUUUAUUAACUCAGUAUGAGAGAAGUAGAACUAAAGGUUGAUACCUGAGGUUCAUUUCUAACCAGCUCCAGUCUCUUGUAUUUUUCAAGGUCAUUUCAAUUAUACAGCUGUUGCUGCUGCUACUUCACGAUGUUCCAGUGUUGUGUACACACACACACACAUACAUGCAUAAUAUAUAUAUCUGAUAUAUAUAUAUAUAUAUAUAUAUAUAUAUAUAUAUGUAUGUAUGUAUGUAUAUAUCAGUUCAGCAUUAUUUGCUUCAUUCACAACAAUGGAAGUAACAAAGAUUUUAUGGAUGCUUGCCAACCAUUUCUUCUAAUUUAAAAGCAAGAAUUUUCUUUUAUAAAUUCCUUCUCAGCUCAAUUCUCCUGAGCAUUUGUUGUGAACUUAGACGAUAUUUUAUUAUUUUCUUCUUGAGCUUUGUAACUUUUUACAUUUCCUGCUUGAUUACCAUUUUCACAGAACAGGUUUUGUGAUAACUCAAGACAUGGUGCCAAGUGGAUGCACUUUGGUCUUUCUACUCACAGAUUUGUGUCCUAUCACUGUUUAAAGUGGUCUGGACCUUGAGAACAUGGAGGGUGAAACUGAAUGGUCAUCCAUCAACUAACUGAAAGUUUGUAUUAUGUCAGUGGUCACCUAGACUUGAGUCUCGAAUGGCUCAGUCCACCUGGCUGUUAGAAGGUAAUCCUAGCUUGGAAAUAACUUGCUGCUGGAAGCAGCAUUAUCAUCAAAGUGUCAUUAACUUGCUGUGCCAAGUUCUAAGCUAGGUGAGGUUUAUCUUGAUCAGUUUAAUAUUGAACUGGAGGAAGUUUAAUCCAGAGCUGGUCCAUCCUGAUUGAUUUAGUGUAAAUAAUGCUGGUCAACCAUGGAUGGAUUGUCUUAAUUGAAAAGCCUCAGUCAAAUGGAAACAGGAAUCCGCAAGAAUCUGUCAAGUCAUAAUUAGGUACCAAGGAAAAGAUGCAGGCAUGGCUUGAAUGGUCAAGAAGUGAACUUCACAACCAUGAGGUGGUGGGUUCAAUCCCAUUGUAUGCUGCUUCAGGUCUUUCACCCAGGAUUUCAUAUUGAGAAUUGGUAGACAGUAAUUCAAUGGGGUAGCUUUAUCACAUUGUGUCACUGAUUCUGUCUGUCUGAAGAUAACAUUGAGUCCACUGGUCUGAGGAAUACUCAGCUACCUACACGUUAAUUCAAGAGCAGGUAAUUCAGCCAGCCAAAUAGCUGGACAGUUCCUUGUGACUGAUGGAAGAUGUCUCCUUUAACUGAACUCAUGAAGAUUUAAUGGUUUGUUAGUGCAGCAGUACUUGGAAUAAUUAUCUUGCAUUCCUGUUUUGGGUAACAUCCCAUCUUUUGACAACGAGGCUGAUCAGUCUAAAACCGUGGCACUAAGCCCACAUAUAUUUGUAUUAAAUCUAUGUGCUGAGCUUCUAACCAUGUGAUUGGAAGUUCAAAUCUUUGUAUAGCCAUUAGGUUAUACAGUUGAGCAUGAAGCAUAUUUCUGCUGUCUCUGGCUGGCCAUUUGUCUCUAGUUUAUCUCCAGAUUAACUCUAGAUUACAUAUCUGUAGAUUAGCUGAAUGUCAUGAGACAGAUUCCACUCCACCUCCAUGGUUGAGUGGUUAUAGGAGGAAGAACAGCCAGCGUGAUUGUUCCCACAAAUCAUUUCAAGCAUGAAUGCAUGCGGAAAUGAAACUCAAAUGGCAGACAGGAAUGUAAUGUCUGUCUGGUUGAUGGAAAUUAACUUAAAGUGUUUAAUUAGCAGACAAUAAUUUGUGCUUUGGUGAAGCAGACAGGGAUAAAGGCCAAACAAUGUAAGAGACUUUGUUCUUUAAUUAUAUAAAUGAUUAAUUAAUUGAGCAGAUUUGACUCUGCACUUUGUGUGAUUGCUGCCACUGUUCAUCAUCUCAUUGGUUGCAGCAAUGUUGCCUGGUACAGCAACCUCCUCCUCCUCAUCAUCAUCAUCAGCAACAUCAACAAUGUCAGUAGUAUUAAUCAUAUCAGGUUUUAAUUAAUUUCAAUUUUUGCCGUUAACUGUUUUGGGUGCCAUUUUUUAAAUUGUUUUUCUUUUCUUUUUAUUAUUGUUUCAUUUAUUUGGUUAUUUAUUAUUAUUAUUAUUAUUAUUAUUAUUAUUAAUGCUCCCUAGUACCUUAAAAAGGAUGAUUUCAGUUAACUUUUGAAUUUUUAUUUUUAAUGAAAUAAAAUGAAAAAUCAAAUUAAAAAAAUUUUUGCUGACAAAUUUU